UGGCACCAAUCCCGGUGGAAUCCCUACUAGGAUGCGUAGCUGCGCCGGGAGAACCACGCGAUUGUUGGAAGACACCAGCGAUCUCGGUAUCUGCGAUYCGAUCCAAUCCAGUCUCGAGCUACAGGAUGGAGGAAGAUUCAAGUCGUCCAUGGAAAAUGGCUGGAGGGUGGGCCUGAAACAACUCUAUUCUUCACCAGCUACCAUCGGCCUCGGCAAAAACAAGAACAGCGACAACCGCCAUCACCUCCUUCCGAUCGAGGAUAUCGAAGCGAGAACAGCUGCCGGUGUGGGUUUAUCUUUGUCGAUCGGUAAAGGCACGGUUCCAUCGCCGCUCGUUGUUCAACCAAACAACGCCCAUCCGUGGCCGUCGUCGCCUUACUUCCUGCGAGCCUUUGUCGAAGCUAAUCCAGUAUGGGUCAGAGAGCUCGUUCUCAAAUACGGGGCGGUUGUUUUCCGMGGRUUCGAUGAGUAUGCAAGCCCAAGCAACUCAAUCCUUCGGGCRCUGGAGUCUUGCUCCGACCGUGCUCGAARCGUGGGGCUCGAAGGCUAUCUCGUUGCUCCGUCACCACYGGGAGAGAAAAGCGAAGCUACCUCUUCCAACGCAAUAAGAAUCCUCCCGGAGGUGGUGACCACGGAUGCGGGAAUCACGGAUUUGCGCAAGAUUUAUCCCGAUUUGCCCCCGGAGCUCCGUACCAAGCUUGCAAAUAGAAAACUGCUGUACAGGCGCUCCGAAAAUGCGCCGGUACAAUCACCAGAAACCAAGGUUCCGGCCUUUGAUAUCGGCGAGAGGAAGACAGACGACCAAAAUGGUGGCCCGGGCCCGUGGUUUCAGCUGUUUGGAACCACCAACAAGAAAAUAUUCGAGCGGACGUACCGAACCAUCGCCGAUGCCGUGCUACGGAACGAACGCAGGAUCCACAACAGCGCAGUMGAAAGGAACGAGUACCUGGCCGAUCCCUUUGCGUUUCAUCCGGAGACGCGGGAACGCGUCUGGUUCGGGCUCGCGCACACCUUUCACUGGACGUCGGCCCCGGCCAAACUCUUUGGUGUCUUUUGCCGCACCGGGAGUCUCGAAGCGCUCGGCCGUGCCUUGCGCACGGGGGCUCGAUCGCUKUGGGUCCACGGGAUCCGGCGGGAGCGAACGACUCCMGUGGAGGUGACCUUUGGAGACGGAACGCCGAUAUCCGUGGGGGAAAUGCACCAGAUUCGAAGGGUGGUUCGGAAAAACACGGCAUACAGCCAACUGCAAGAGGGGGAUCUCUUGAUUAUAGACRCCGUGAGCGUGGGAUUGCAAAUAGAUUGAUAGACAUUUAUACACGAAAUAAAACAUAUUUACUAGU